CUCAAAUGUCCACCGAACAUUAGAAUUUGCUCAGAUCCCGCUCCCCCUCGAACCACAACUGUAAUACAAGGCCUUCGUCCACAACCAAUCAUGCAGACAUACGAUGACAAUGAGCCCAUUGUCCGAAUACGCGAUUACAAGCAGGACCGAGUGAAUUUUAUGCUUGAGAAUGUCGACCUUGCGUUCGCAAAUUCUUUUCGACGUGUAGUACAGGCAGACAUACCAACCGUUGCCGUUGACAUGGUCGAGAUAGAAGCAAAUACAACAGUGCUACCUGAUGAAUUCAUAGCACAUCGCAUUGGAAUGGUUCCGCUGGUGAGCACAAACUGUGAUGAAGGCAUAAGAUACACUCGAGAUUGCCUGUGUUUGUCUGGUUGUCGAUAUUGCUCAAUAGAGCUGAGACUGGACGUUUUGUGUAAUGAUAAUCGCACGAUGGACGUCACGAGCAAUCAUCUUGAGGUCAUACCGAUCAACUAUAGUGAAGGAGGGGAUAAUCCUGGCGAAGAGCUCACGAAACGUGGAGAAGAUUUCGGGCAGCCAGUGGGGAAAAACAAGGCUGAUGUACCACCAGUCCUCAUCUGCAAAAUACGGAAAGGUCAAGAGCUUAGAUUACGUUGUGUUGCCAAAAAGGGUAUAGCAAAGGAGCACGCGAAGUGGUCGCCAUGCUCAGCCGUUGCAUUCGAAUACGAUCCCUACAAUAAAUUGCGACACACGACAUAUUGGCACGAGGCAGAUCCACGGAUUGAGUGGCCCGUCGGUGAAAACGCUAAGGAAGAAGAAGCACCAAGAGAUGACGAAGUUUUUGACUUCAACGCGAAGCCACGGAAAUUCUAUUUUGAGGUUGAGACGGACGGGAGCCUUGGGCCCCAGGAGGUGAUCAUGAAGGGUCUUGCAGAACUGCAGACUAAACUUGCAAAUCUCAUUCUUGGUUUGAAGGAAGGAGUGGAGCUGCCGACUGGAGGAGAUACGGCACAGGCUGGGGUGGUGGCGGAUGGGGUCAGAAUGCCUGCCUCUGGUGCCGGGUAUGCAAGUCCCGCGGGUGGCGGCGGCUGGAGCGCUGGCGGCGGCAGCGGUAGCGGUGGUGGUUGGAGCACUAGCCCAGCACAAAACACUGGGGGAAAUACCAGUGCAUGGGUAACAAGUCCCGCGCAGAACUCCGGAGGAGCUUCCGGUAGUUGGGGGACCAGUCCAGCUCAAACCUGGGGGGGAGGUGCCUCGAGUCCGAAUGCAGCGUCUGUCCCAACUCAACAAGCCAGUGGAUGGAACCUGUGAUGGUCGCUCGCCUUACGUAUACUUUCCUUCUACCAAUUGCAUGCAUAUGGUUGAUAUCUACGGGACCAUGUUAGCCAUUUCCCAGUCUCCUGAACUUCACAAACAACUACCUCACUGGCUGUCUGUGUCUUGAGGUCCGCUUUCGUUCGUCGAUCGGUCAUUUCAAUCAGUUUACUACUAUUCCAAUUUUGCUGGAUAUCAAAGUACGCACUUAAAUGGGACGUCCCGGCUUAUCGGAGGUAGCUGAACUUUGUGUACGCCAUCGUGCUAAUCCACGGGUAUUUUUGCAGAUUGACCUAUUUAAUCAUCACUCUAAUAACACCUUUCGUCGACAGUGCC